AUGGAGGCCCUUCUCCAGCAAUCCAAGGGUGUUUGUCCCUUCUUGAAGAAAACCUCGCCCGCGACCUUACGCUCGCUCUCCACCUCCACCCACCAAUCCCCCGGUGGCGGUACCAUCACCAACCUGCAGUUCAUUGCUCGACGAUGCCCCGUCAUGAACAAGGCGCUGGCUAUCCAGAGCGCUCGCAUGACCUCUCGCCGUAGCUAUGGCAAGGCUGCCGCCGGUACUGGUGUGGUCAAGUCGUUGCUGGAGAAGAAAUUGCACACUUCGGCAGAAAAGAAAGCCAACGUCGCGCCCAGCACAUUCCGACCGGUGCAACCAGCUCCGCCGCUCCAGAAAGUGCAACCUGCCGUCAAGAAACCGGACGCUUAUGCAGGGCCGAAGCCCACCCCGCCAACCGCGCCUCGGUUCGACUAUGAGCGCUUCUACAACAAUGAGCUCGAAAAGAAGCACAAGGACAAGUCAUACCGAUACUUCAACAACAUCAAUCGACUUGCCAAGGAGUUUCCUCGUGCUCACAAGGAAACAAAGGAAGAGCGAGUCACAGUCUGGUGUUCCAACGAUUACCUGGGCAUGGGGCGCAACAAACAUGUCCUGAAGACAAUGCACGAGACUCUCGACAUGUAUGGCGCCGGCGCCGGCGGCACCAGGAACAUUUCGGGCCACAAUCAACACGCUGUGGCCCUUGAGAAGACUCUGGCCGACCUACAUGGCAAAGAAGGGGCGCUAGUCUUCUCUUCGUGCUACGUAGCGAAUGAUGCCACACUGGCCACGCUGGGCAGCAAAUUACCCGACUGCGUCAUCUUGAGUGACAGCUUGAAUCAUGCUUCCAUGAUUCAGGGUAUUCGUCAUUCCGGUGCGAAGAAGAUGGUCUUCAAGCACAACGACUUGGUGGAUUUGGAGGCCAAGUUGGCCAGCCUGCCACCUGAACAACCCAAAAUCAUUGCCUUUGAGUCCGUCUACAGCAUGUGUGGUUCAGUCGCACCGAUCGAGGCCAUCUGCGAUCUUGCAGAUAAAUAUGGCGCGAUUACUUUCCUCGAUGAAGUCCAUGCUGUUGGUAUGUACGGACCGAGGGGUGCCGGUGUUGCAGAACACCUUGAUUACGAAGUCUACGCCAACCCCCACCGAAACAAGGAGAUGCAGAAAGGCACGGUGAUGGAUAGAGUCGACAUCAUCACCGGCACGUUGGGUAAAGCCUACGGAUGUGUGGGCGGUUACAUUGCCGGUUCCGCGGCGUUGGUGGACGCAAUCCGGUCCCUUGCCCCGGGCUUCAUCUUCACCACCAGUCUUCCUCCUGCCACCAUGGCUGGUGCUCGUGCUGCAAUUGAGUAUCAGGCACGCUAUCAAGGAGACCGACGCCUUCAACAGCUGCAUACCCGCGCCUUGAAAGAUGACCUUACCAAACGUGGCAUUCCCGUCAUCCCCAACCCCUCGCACAUUGUCCCUAUCCUUGUCGGUGACGCCGAAGUUGCCAAGCAGGCUUCCGACAUGCUGUUGAAUGACUACGACAUCUAUGUCCAGUCCAUCAACUACCCCACCGUUCCUCGUGGCGAAGAACGGCUCCGAAUCACCCCUACUCCUGGCCACACAACCGAGCUGAGGGCUGAAAUCGUAGACGCCCUCGAACAGGUGUGGGAGCGCUUGGAUAUCAAGCGUAUCGCAGACUGGGAGGCGCAAGGUGGGUUUGUCGGGGUUGGUGUCAAGGACGCCAAACCCGUGGAACCUCUUUGGACCGAUUCGCAGCUCGCUGAAGCGCAGGCCGUCUCCAAACCAGCCGCCGACGAAGCUACUGAAGAGCGCGUCAUGCCUAUUGCUGCCGCUGCGGCUUGA